AUGUCGUCUUUCCAACGAGCCAUGUUCCUUGGCGGUGUCCCGUCCCUCUUCAUGUUUGUGUCGACAUGCAUUGGGCUUGGUAGGGAGGUUCCAGACGACAUUUCUGGAGCCCUUCAACAUUUUGCAGCAGGAGUUCUGUUAUGUACAGUGGGGACUGAGCUGCUUCCAGAAAUUGUCGAUGCAGAAGGGUGGAUGGAAAACAUUGCUGCAUGUAUAGGAUUCUUUCUGGGUGUUGCUGUUCUGAUCCUUAUUGGGAUGUUCGCCCCUGAAGAGACGGGGUUGGAGCCUGCUCUCGGGGAAUCUCCGCGUCAUAAUGAACACAAGGACGAAAAUUGUGCCAAUGCAGAUGAUGAUGUGGACGACAUUUUCCGACUGCGAGAAAUGAAGUUUGUCAUUGCAGGCCGUAAAUUCCGCCAACGGCAAACUCUGCGGACCUUUGGUGGCCGGUUUGUUUUGAACAGAUCCAUGUCCCUAGAUUCUUCCUUACCUGCAAUGGACGAGAAUGAACCAUUACUCUUUGAAGACUUGUCAUCUUCGUACAUGGAAAACAGACCAUCCAAGCCAAAGGACACUGCCCCCAAGAAAGAAGCAAGAGAACCCAUGAUGAUGAAGCAAUUUCCUUUGAGUUUUGUCUUUGCCGUGGCUAUUGACUCGGCCUUGGACGGCCUAUUGAUUGGCAUUGCUUCGGCUGCAGGACCAUCUGCUGGCCCAAUGAUGUCAGCCAGUCUCUCGGUGGAAAUGUCCUUCUUGGGAAUCACUCUUGCAACCACACUUUCGGGGCAGCCAUUUUCGAGAGCAUCUAUUGCGGCGCUAGUCGGACCGCUCUGCCUUGUCAUGGCUGCAGGCUUGGGUGGAAUGAUGGCGGAUACGCUAAGUCACAAUCCAGUGGCGUUUGUGGGAAUGAUAUCGUUUGGCGCCAGUGCUCUGCUGUUCAUGGUAGCCGAAGAGUUACUGUUGGAUGCUCAUGAGGACGGAGAGCAUGUCUGGUGGGUGGAUCUGCAACUCUACACUGGUUUCUUCGCCAGUAUCAUUGCAAGGAAGCUGGCUCGGUGA